UCACUGUUCAUCUCUCGAAGAAAACUAUCGAGCACAAUGGCACGAAUCUUUCUAACAGGAGCUUCCGGCUAUAUUGGCGGCGACAUUCUCCAUGCCCUCAAGUCAGCCUUUCCUCAAUUCGAGUACGCUGCUUUGCUGCGGAAUGCUGUAAAGGGUGGCCAAGUAUCGAGCGCAUACCCUGAUGUCCGCGUGGUGCAGGGAGACUUGGACGCAACCUCGGUGAUCGAGGAAGAAGCGCGCCGUGCAGACAUUGUUGUUCACGCUGCAAGCACCAGCCACGUGAAGAGCGUCGAGGCUAUCUACCGCGGAUUGACCGCGCCUGGUAGAGACAAGAACGGCGUUUGGCUGCAGAUUUCCGGGGCGACUGUGCUUUCUGUCACCGACAUCGAAAAGAAGGCCUUCGGUGAGCCCUCAGACAAGGUCUACAGUGAUCUUGAUGGCGCCGAGGAGCUCCGCGCGCAUAUCCGACGGUACUCGGCAAAACGUAUAGUCGACAAUUUUGUCCUCGAUCUGCCUGCUUCUCCCACGCGACCCAAAACUGCCUUGGUCUUCCCUCCAAUUAUCUAUGGCCGCGGCAGGGGCCCGGUGAACCAGCGCAGCAUUCAGAUCCCCGAGCUCGCACGGGUUUCCAUGCAGCGUCGCGCAGGAUUCCAAGUUGGAAAGGGAGAAAGCAUCUGGAGUAAUGUCCACAUCGGCGAUGUCAGCAGCAUCUUUGUCAAGCUAGUUGAGAAAGCUCUCCAGGGUGACAAUGGUGAUCUGUGGAACGAGAAUGGACUUUAUUUCCCGGGCACCGGAGAUUUGCCAUUCAAAGGCAUCUCGCAGCAGGUCACCCAAGAGUUGCAUCGACUUGGUCUCGUGGAAUCCCCCUCGGUUGACGCGAUCAGCCAUGACGAGGCUGAUAAACUAUCCCCCCACGGUGGCAUUCUCUGGGGUACCAAUGCACAGGAGCAGUCCCAGAGAGCUCGCAGUCUGUUAGGGUGGAACCCGACCGGAAAGAGCUUGGAGGAGGAGAUUCCUGAUACUAUUCAGCUCGAGGCGAAGAGACUUGGAUUGAAGUAGAUGUAUAU